AUUUGCGCUCACAAUGAACUGGAGCGGACGCAUUAGCGUCGCCGCCACUUUUGGCUUAAUACCGCGAUUGUUUUGUGUUUACGCUUAUAUCGAUACUUUCUCUCCCAUUGCGGUUUCGGAACAUGGAAUACCCAUAGAAGUAAAGUUUUGGGACACUAAAAGAACUCCCCUUGCACAUAUGGUGGACGUUACCAAUGAGUUUGGACUAAAAGUUUUAGCGGAACAUAAUUUUUUAAAUGAAAAUAACAUCGCAUUUUCGCCUUAUGGACUUAUGGGCAUUUUAGUAGCGUUAUUUGAAGGUGUUGAUGGUGAGUCUUCAUAUCAAAUUCAACGUUGCAUGCAAUUGCCAUGGAAUAGAAAUAUAAUGAGGAUAGGGUUCAGGGAUAUACAUCGUACUUUAAAGACUUAUUUUGUACCAGAAGAAGGAUUUUUAGCUGGUUUAGCACUAAAUAACGAGAAUGUGACUUUUAGCGAGAGCUAUCGAAAAAUUUUAAGAUUUUACGGAUUUGAUUUGGAAAACGAUCCAUUACCUCCACCAGAAGCAGAUACUACGGAUAAUUUAAAUGUAACUACUAGUGCACUGGAUUCUCAUGCUACCAACGCCGCUACUGAAAACGAUUCGGAAAUAACAUCAGAACAAACCUCUACAGCUCAGCCUACUAUAACUGCAAUGGAAGAAACAACAAUAGCAACGAAAUUUGAACCAGCAAAUGAAACAGAUAAUUCUCAGUUAUCUACUAUGGCAUCAACAGCAAAUUCAGAAACACCUUCGGAAAUAACAAGUACUCCAAAAAUCGAAACUACUGAAACAACAAAACAAGUUACUUCUUCUGAAUUAAAUUCGAGUGCCGUAAUGACAUCUCCAUUUACAUUAGAUCCUUUAUCUACAACAUCAACUUUAUCCACAACAGGGGAAGUAUUAGCGAAUAAUGAUGUAGAGAUUCUGUCUACUCAAUCAAUCAUGUCGUCUGAUACUACGACAAAUUUUGAAAUAAGUUCGACACUAGCAACAGAUAUGGAAAGCACAGCCUCGACCAUGAGUGAAACGCAAUCAAUGGAAGAGAUGACUACGUUUGAAUCCACCACAGCAUCACUUAACGAUUCAACAUUAGAGACCCUUGAGCGUCGGAAAAAAUCAAUCGUAGACUUUAUCUUUACCAGUCCGCCAAACAUCGAUGAGUAUGCGGUUUAUAGAUCCUUUAAUAUAGGUCCUAAUCUCCUUGAUACGACAGGUUAUAAUACUGAUUCUAUGUUUAUGGCAAACGGGUUUCGAAAUAUUCAGGUUUCGUACAUGCAUUACGAUACAAUUUUGGAACAUGCGUAUCUACCUCAUCUAGAAGCAUCCGCUCUUCGUUUACCUCUGGAUAGUGAACGAUAUUAUUUAUUGGUCAUAUUACCCGUGAGAGCAAACAAAGGGGAGUUGGAACGAUUGCUAACGCGAAUGGCGCGGGAAUCAGACCUCUCUGAUGUGUACGCGGCGCUGAGACCUCGUCGUGUGAGGGCCGUAGUACCGAGUUUUACUGUGAAGGGUCAUGUUACUUUAACCACAGACUUGCAAAAACUAGGAGUCCGAGAUGUUUUCGAACCACGGCAAAGAGACUUCACGCCAAUGACGUCCCAACCGGGUGUCUAUGUACGCAGUAUAGAACAAGCAGUUUCUGUUACUAUAAGAAAAUACCAACCAGAUGACGCUAAGAGGUAUGUGUCAAAAAGGAAUCCGGUGGUAUUCUCAGCUACAUAUCCCUUUUUAUACUUUGUUAUGGAUUCUAAUAUACAAGUGGCCUUAAUGGCUGGCAAAAUGGUAGAUCCACUAAAUACUAGAAUAUUAUAGCUUGUU